AUGGGGAAGAUAAUCUUUUACGAGGACAAAAACUUCCAGGGCCGCUCCUAUGAGUGCAGCUCAGAAUGCGCUGACAUGUCCUCAUAUUUUAGACGUUGCAACUCCAUCCGGGUGGAAAGUGGAAACUGGAUACUCUAUGAGCUCCCUAACUACAGAGGUCAUCAAUACUACCUGAGCAGAGGAGAAUAUCCAGAUUUUCAGCAUUGGAUGGGUUACAAUGACUCCAUCAGAUCCUGUCGACUUAGCCCUCAGCACCAAGGCUCAUUCAGAAUAAGAAUCUAUGAGCGAGAGGACUUUAAAGGAAUGAUGAUGGAGUUCACUGAAGACUGUCCUUAUGUCCAUGAGAGAUUCCAUUACCAUGACAUCCACUCCUGCAAUGUGUUUGAUGGGUACUGGAUGUUUUAUGAGGAACCCAACUACAGGGGGCGUCAAUACUACCUGAGACCGGGAGAAUAUAGAAGAUACACAGACUGGGGAGCCAUGAACUCCAGAAUUGGCUCAUUCCGACGUGUUCAUCAUUUCCUUUAA